CCAAGUGUCCACAACCCUCCAACCCCUCUUUGGCUAGUUGAAGGCUAUAACGCCAACACUUCUCAUCCAUGCAGGAACCCUAUCUCCAUUUUCUCAACUCUUUCUUUCUAUAUUUUCCUUCUCUAAUAACAAAGCUCUCACCGGUCAACAGCUUCGAAAUCCCUUGUUUGUAGGGCUUGCUCUGACAUACUAUAUAUUCUCAGUUUCAGAAUCAAGUUGAUCAAGGAGAAGAACCAACUUCAAUAUCUAGCCAGCCAUGUCUACUAGGACAUAUGCAUUUGGGAGGGCAGAAGAGGCCAUCCAUCCUGACUCAUUGAGAGCCUCAUUAGCUGAAUUCGUCUCCACUCUUAUCUUCGUCUUCGCCGGUGAAGGCUCCGUUCUUGCUCUUGACAAAUUGUACACAGAAACAGGGUCUCCGGCUUCUGGGUUGGUGAUGGUUGCGCUUGCACAUGCAUUGGCAUUGUUUUCUGCUGUUUCAGCCAGCAUCAACAUAUCAGGUGGCCAUGUGAAUCCUGCUGUUACCUUCGGAGCUCUCGUUGGAGGAAGGAUCUCAGUCCUUCGCGCUUUCUAUUACUGGGUUGCUCAGCUUCUUGGUUCUAUUGUCGCUUCUCUUUUGUUGAGGCUUGUCACUAAUGGGAUGAGACCAGUGGGAUUCUAUGUAGCAUCAGGGGUUGGAGUGGUGCAUGGCCUGAUACUGGAAAUGGUACUGACAUUUGGACUGGUAUACACAGUAUAUGCGACAGCCGUUGAUCCCAAAAGGGGAAGCUUGGGGAUUAUUGCCCCUCUAGCCAUCGGGCUCAUUGUUGGGGCCAACAUUUUAGUUGGUGGUCCUUUUGAUGGAGCGUCAAUGAAUCCAGCAAGAGCUUUUGGGCCUGCCCUAGUUGGGUGGAGAUGGAGAAACCAUUGGAUCUACUGGCUGGGUCCUUUCGUUGGAGGCGGCUUGGCAGCGCUGAUAUACGAGUACAUGGUCAUCCCUACAGAGCCAUUACCUCAUCAUACUCAUCAUCAACCUUUGGCUCCAGAAGAUUACUAGUUCAUUAAUUAAUUUGAAAUUAAGUUCAUAGCUAGUUUUAGGCAAUGAUUUUCUUCUUCUUGGUUGUCUGGAUACAUGUUUAUCUGAUUGUGUCUUUUGAAAUUUGCUUGUUCUCUUCUGCUGGUGUCUUAUCAUGUGCUAGCUACUUUGGUUGUGGAUAAUGGUGGAAAUAAAUUAAGUAUGCCGGAAUCCUUUUUACUGUA